AUGGAUUUUAUCGCAGGGCAACCUCUCGACAAGUGUUGGACCAACCUGCCCUAUGACAACCAAAAGCAAAUCGCCAUGCAGAUUGCCGACAUGAUCAAAGAGAUGCAGUCUGUUGUAAUCUCGCAGCCAGGUCCCCUCGGUGGCGGUCCAUUUCGUGGUCAAUUCUUCACCGACUAUAGUGCCGGUCCGUUCAAGGACAGUGCUGAAGUUCACUGGUUUAAUCACAAGCUUAAUAUCUGUAAGCACGUGACUCAAUGUCCCAAAGAUAUCCCACCAUUUCAAUUCAGCACAUUUGUCCUCACUCAUCAGGAUAUAAGCCCUCAAAACCUUGUUCUAGACCACAAUGGAGAACUGUGGUUGAUUGACUGGGCGAAUGCCGGUGCAUAUCCCCCUGCCUUUGGAAGUGCUGCGUUAUUGGCCCAGCAGUUCUUUACUGGCUUCAACGAAACAGCUUUGGUUGUUAUUCCACGGUUCCCUGAGGAAGAACGACAGCUCGAUUCAAUUGCAUAUGGCGAAGCCAAGCCCUGCCGCACACAAACCAUCCACACUCGAAGGUCGAUAACUUCAUCCGUCCAUCCAACAAGCUCGCCGUCGCGAUCAACCCUUCAAGAUGCCGGUAUGUUACCACCCUGCUCACGCCGUUCUCGAAAAAUACUUUCGCCAUCGUCGCCAUCUCCCUUCCCAGUCAGACCUCUGAAAAUCGAGAAACCAAAUUUUAACCCGUCAUUUUCCGCACAGAGCAACAAGACCUUCCGCACCAAGCAAAAGCUUGCCAAAGCUCAGCGUCAGAACCGCCCCAUCCCCCAGUGGAUCCGUCUGCGCACCAACAACACCAUCAGAUACAACGCCAAGCGCCGACACUGGCGUAAGUCGACCCUGAAGGUCUAAGCGGACCCUCAGUAUUCGCACCCUCCGUCCGGCCAUUCUCAAAAGCCCCAAUUCAGCUCGCGAUGUCAUAUGGCAAACGAAGUGUGUCUGUGCGGGGUGGUUUCAAGGGUUUUUGAUCAUUUCGAAACCCUCUUCAUGAUGUGACGCCCACAACCGAAUUUCGAACAACAUGCCUUCACCAUGAACUUGAGAGCGCUAGUGGAUUGUGGAACUACUCUUGAGUGCAGUUGCAAACAAAAAAAUUCAAUUAUCAAAUCUUGAUCCGGGUCUUGCUUUGGGUCGUGUCUAUCUUUUUUUUUCUUAAUCUUCCAAUGGGUCGUCAUUUUUUCCUCCACGGUUCCGAGUGGGGAUAUGAUGGAUUUCCAACACACCUAAUUUAUCGAUAUGGAUGGCAGGCCCGGAUUAUGUUUGCAAAAGGUUCUGUUGCUGUUGGGGGCUGAUCGUCUUCUUGCUGGGGGGCGGGCUUGUAGGACUGGUGUGGCGGGGGAUUUUCUUUUUUGAUACAAAAUCUGAUUGAAUCGAAUUGAAUGUCCUUU